GUCUCUCUUAACUUACGAUUGCAAUCUUCAACUGGGUACAACCCACAUCUUGUUCUUCUGUACAUCAAAUCGGGUAUGUCGGCGUCGCAUCACCGUUCCUAUGCCGGUUGUUGGACAUGCAAGAAAGCGAAACGCAAAUGUGACAGCCGCCGCCCUGCCUGUCAGAGCUGCCAGAAACGCGGCGUCGAGUGCGAAGGAUACGACCUGCGCCUGCGCUGGGGCUCGGGCAUAGCGUCACGCGGUCGCUUUACCGGCGCUGACAAGCCGCUCUUGGGGUCAGGGCCUCCACGACCCAAGGGGCGUCGCCGCGAUCUUAGUCGGGAGAGGAAGAGAGCAGCCCAACUGCGCGAACCUGAGGAUGGCCGGAAUAUCUCAGAAACAAAUGCUGGUGCGACGGUAGAUCGUUUGUCGCCUUCGGCACAGAUGACAGGGUACUGGGAUUUUCCGUGGCUCGCGCCUCAUGAAUGCCAUAUGACAGCACCAUCAAAGCUUCGCUGGGAAGGCUCUCGCAAAGAUCAGUUACUUUUCAAAGAGUUCCUUACUACAGGAAUCAAUUUAUUACACGCAGCAACAAUUGAUGACAUUCCAUUGGUCCCAGCUAUUCCACAGCUCUGUAUGGAGUCCGAAGCUCUAUAUCCGAUUUGUCUCGCGAUUCAAUGUCAUGUAUCGCCUAAUCUAGAAUCCGAGUUCUUGGAAUAUUUCAACGUUGCGCUCUCGAAGUUUCGAUCCGAGCUGGCUCGAUCUUCAAUGAUAUUAGGCGACGCAAAUCUCGCAGCUGGGCUGCUUUUGUGUACGAUAGGGUUGAUGCGUGGUACACCUUGGACCGUGCAUCUUGAAGGAAUGUAUCACAUACUCCAGUAUCAAGACUUCCAGCUGACCGAAAGCUGUAACAUAAAGCUACGCAUGCACCUUAUUGAAGUUAUGGGGGUAAUGGACCUGCGAAUCUUGGUUGUUGGUCGCCAGACACCAUGCUUCGGAGUCUGGCGUCGCCAUCGUCAGAGCCUUGUCAGCCAUGAUAGUGGUGGUGGAAACGAAGUGGAACCCGUGAGCGGACUACCGCGUUCUUUACUCGAUCUCUAUGCUGGAAUUGGAGAAGACACAACCGAGAUUGACCUAUGGAACUGGCCCGGUGAAAAAGGUAGUCUAUCUCAGUGUCAUCUUUGGGAAGCACACCGGCUCGCUGGUAUGCUCAAUGUACGGCGCUUCGGAAGGCGAUCUGAAAUCCCUAUCAAAUUUCCGCCUGGGUAUCAACCUCCUGAUAACGAAAUUCUGGUCAGGCGUAUACUCAGCUGCAUCGAAGCCAUAACAAAGACAUAUGCCGCACCAGACAGAAAUGGCUCGCUCGUGGUGAAUGCGCUGACCUACCCCAUUUUUACAGCAGCACUCGAGUUGGAAGUCUUAAGGAAUAAUUCAGAAUUGAAAAAUCUAAUCCGUCAUUUUUUAAGAAUUCAGAAAAAGUAUGACGUUGGUGUGGUUACCACGGUCCUCCAGGGAUUAUUGGAAGAUUUGUGGAAUAUUGACGAAGUUGAUAUCGAUGUAGAUGACCUGGCGCGGUCCCGGGGUAUUGAAACCGGCCUUUUUUGAUAAUAAUAACCCUAAUAUUACGACCUUUGUUACAGGUGAUUCAUCGCAUAUCGCCAAACAAGAACUUGCCAUUUUGCUGCUAUCAA